AUGGAUAAUGAUCCAAACCGUCAAGCCAUUGGUGGAUUCAUGCUGAGAAUACAUUUUUCAGGUUUCAUUUUCUAUGUGGUAGCAGUGAUUUUGGUAUCAUUAAUAAUGAUUAUUUAUGUCGCACCACGUUUCGGCCGUUCUAACAUUUUGGUGUAUAUUUUUAUUUGCUCUAUUAUUGGCUCACUUUCUGUGUUAUCUGUCAAAGGACUUGGUUUAGCCAUUAAAGAAACAAUUGGUGGAAAGCAACAGUUCACGAAUUUUCUUACGUGGUUUUGGUUUGUUGCUGUAAUUCUUUGCAUUUCCGUACAACUGAUAUAUUUGAAUAAAUCCUUGGAUAUGUACAACACAUCGAUGGUAACACCUAUAUACUACGUGUUCUUCACAACAUUUGUAAUACUGGCUUCAUCGAUUUUAUACAAGGAAUGGUCUCGCUUGGGUGCAAGCGAUGUUUUAGGCAAUGUUGUCGGCUUCCUAAUCACUAUUAUUGGCAUUUUCCAGAUGCAGUUAUUCCGUGAUGUAAAUAUAACGCUGCGACAUUUGAGAAUGCUUAUCCAUAAAUCUUCGACAAACAUAAAUUCAUUUGAAACAAUGAGCAGUGCUACAUCGUUGGUCGAUGAUUUGCCAAGCGAUACUGCGAACCCUCAACAAAUUUACACUUAG